UGUUGUAUGAAUAUGGUGGACUUUGUAGCCAAAAAGCUCCCUGCAAGAUUGAGCAUCAAACCUCUCUUUCCCUCUGAUUCCUCAACAGGGCUUGAAGCUCAAUAAGGGCUAGAAUUCUAAUAAAACAAGAAAAAAAUGGAAGAAGGUGCUAUCGAUAAUCUUCAUGAAAGAACACAAAAGGAAAUGAUAACACUAGCAAGGAGUGAGACUUUUCCAUCAACAAGUCAUCCUCAAAGGAUUUUCCAUCAACAAAAAUCCUCUUCCUUUCCGUCAUUUCCUCCAGAAUUGGAUCAGGGAGAAUCUUUUAUUCAACAACAACCAUAUGUAUCAAACUUGGAAUAUGAUAGACAAGUAGCUAAGGAAGGAGAUGCUAGCCUUGAGGCGCUAUGGCCGCUUUUCGUUAAACUUCAGCCUUCUUUAAGCUCUCUUCUACAAGAUUUGGCAAACUGGGAUGCAGCUAGGUUCUUACCGGCGUCAAACUUUGACAAACCCCAAGAAAGUAGCUCAUAUGCAAAGAUAUCACAAGAAGAACUGGAGCAGAUAGUGUCGCUGCAGCCAAGCUCAAGCGAAGAUAUUGAAAGUGAAAGUAAUAGAAUUCCAGGGGAAAGAACAGUAGAUGAAUACCGUGCCCUGUGUAGUCCCCUCCUUCAAGCUGCCAUAAAAGGUGAUUGGCCAGCUGCUAAGGCUUUUCUUGAGGAAAACCCAGACUGUGUUCGAGCUCCCAUAACGAAAGAGCAGGGGACGGCGCUUCACAAUGCGGUGGUUGCACAGCGCACCACUUUUAUAAAAGAAUUGUUGAAACGGAUGACUCCGGAGGACUUGGAAUUGAGAACCACACAGGAAGUUACGGCCCUCCACUUUGCUGCUCAAUCAGGAAUCGUGAGAAUUGCCGAGCAGCUGGUGAAAAUCAAUAAAAAACCGCUAUUGUUCCAUGAUUCCUGUGGAAGGAAACCACUUCUCUAUGCAGUUGAGCUAGGACAUAGAAACAUGGUUUCUUAUCUAUUCUCUAUGACUCAUUUUCAACAGUUGUCUGCUGAUGAACGCAGAAGGCUUCUUCUUAGUACUAUUUACUAUGAUAUGUAUGAUAUAGCAGUCAAAAUUCUCGAAAUGGAUCCAAACAUACUAACUAUCCACACUGAAUGUGGGUGGAGAGCUUUGGAUGAGUUGGCCAGGAAACCUUUUGCAGUUGGCAGCGAAAGUCAGCUAGCAUUCUGGAAAAGUUGCUUAAAUUCAUGGUUCAAAGGGAUCUGUGCAAAAGCUUUGAUGAAGACGUUAGCCCAUCAAUUAGUAGAAGGCCUUUGGCAAAAAGUUGGAAUUCCACAAUUCUCAUCAAACUUGGUUCACUAUCAUAUGACUUUAAUUUUUGAAGCUGCAAAAGUUGGAAAUGUUGAAUUUCUCAUUAUACUUAUACGCUCUUAUCCUGACCUUAUAUGGCAACGAGACGAAAAUAACAUGAGUAUAUUUCACAUUGCUAUUUUAUAUCGGCAUAAGAGUGUGUUCAAUCUAAUAUAUGAGAUAGGUACGAACAAGGAGAGCAUUGCAUCCUAUUGUACUUUCAAAACCAAGAAUAACAUGCUUCAUUUAGCUGGACAAUUGCCUUCUUUAGAUCGACUAAAUAUCGUAUCAGGAGCAGCCCUUCAAAUGCAACGAGAGUUAUUGUGGUUUAAGGAGAUAGAAAAGAUUGUCCCGUCAUCAUACGUGAACAUGGAGAAUUCAGAAGGCAAAACACCUAAGGAGAUAUUUAUAAAAACACAUACAAAAUUGCAAGAAGAUGGUGAAAAAUGGAUGAAGGACACAGCAAACUAUUCCAUGCUCGUGGCAACAUUGAUUGCCACUGUGAUAUUUGCUGCAGCCUUUACUGUACCAGGUGGAAGCAAUCAAGAUACAGGCAUUCCUAUUUUUUUGAGAAGUAAAUGGCUUACGGUAUUCUUCAUAUCAGAUGCAGUUGCACUGUGUUCCUCUUCAACUUCAAUAGUAAUUUUCUUGUCAAUUCUCACGUCACGUUACACAGAAGAGGAUUUCUUCAAGUCAUUACCUUCAAAGUUGGUGUUUGGACUUGCCACACUCUUCAUCUCCAUGGCGGGCAUGAUGGUAGCCUUCACCGCAACUUGCUUUUUGAUGUAUAACAGCGCAAGGGCAUGGGCUUCGGUUGUUGUAAUCACUUCGGCUAGUAUUCCAGUUACUUCAUUUGUUUUGCUACAUCGUAAACUUUGGGUCGAUACAUUCCUCUCAACAUACAAGUCUAGAUUUCUUUUUCGGCCAUAUAAACAUAGACUUUUCUAGCUAGCGGAAGAUGCCGAUUGGGAAAUUCAUCAGUCAAAAACAUGAAAUGCAAAACAAACAAAAAUGAAGGAGGAUUGUCGGAGGUUCAUGAAAGGGAUGCUGAACAAGGAAGGCCAUGGAAAGAAUUGAGCAAAUAAAGAGUACUUUGGAUUGAUUUUCUUCUUAACUAGAUAUAUUCGCAUUGUUUUUUUGCUUUAUGAACCCGCAACUGUGUGUCUGUGUUAAUUGUAGUGAAGCUGUCAUAUAUUUAGUAUAGACUUCGAUUUAAUUAUCAAGUGAUUCACUCGUACUAUACCCCUUUCUUUGACA